CCCGGGGCUCCCGGAACACAAGGCGCGGCCGCCGCGGAGGCCCAGGCUCUUCCCCCGCGGGGACCGCGCGGCCUGCACCGCGGCGCCCGACCUCCCGGAGCGGGGACUCGGGCCGGAGGCGCUCGCGGGCGGGCCGGCAGAUACCAUUGUGUGGUUUUAAUCAGGAGUGAAAUCUGAAAGCUAACUGCAGAAGCCUUUUUGGUCAGCAUGGAGGACAAAAGACGGCGAGCCCGAGUGCAGGGAGCCUGGGCUGGCCCUGCUAAGAGCCAGGCCACUGCGCAGCCAGCUGCCACUGCUAGAAGCCAUCUCCACCAGAGGCCUGGUCAGACCUGGAUGAACCAGGAGCAUCAGCUUUUGGACAAGCAGUUUGUGUUCAAAGAACCCCAGCAGGUAGUACGCAGAGCCCCAGAGCCACGAGUGAUUGACAAAGAGGGUGUGUAUGAAAUCAGCGUGUCACCCACAGGCAUAUCUAGGUUGUGUUUGUAUCCUGGUUUUAUUGACUUAAAAGAAGCCGACUGGGUAUUGGAACAGCUUUGUGAGGUCGUUCCCUGGAAGCAGAGGACCGGCAUCAGAGAGGGCCCUAUAUUUUCUUUCUUAGAUGUAACUUACAAGCAACCGAGACUUACAGCAUGGUAUGGAGAACUUCCUUACACUUACUCAAGAAUCACUAUGGAACCAAAUCCUCACUGGCCUGCUGUGCUGCGCACACUAAAGGACCAAAUCGAAGAGAACACCGGCCACACCUUCAAUUCCUUGCUCUGCAAUCUUUACCGAGAUGAGAAGGACAGCGUUGACUGGCAUAGCGACGAUGAACCUUCGCUGGGGAGAUGUCCCGUCAUUGCUUCACUGAGUUUUGGUGCCACACGUGCUUUUGAGAUGAGAAGGAAGCCCCCACCAGCACUACUGUCUGGAAUGCAAAGCAGGAUCAAAGAAGCCCAGCAGAUUACAACGGGCCUUGCUUGGGAACUUCCAGGCCAGAUAGGAUGACAAGACGUGGGCACAGAAGGAGUCAUGGGAUGGGCCCAUCAUCAGCCCUGGUGGACAGCUCUUGUGGUGAAUCUGCUCCUCAGACUUAUUUUUACAGCUCAGCGUUUUUAAAGAAAUCCAAUUACUUGUCAAAAUUUAUGACUCAGGAGCUUUCACAUAAAAAUCCCGUAUGGGAUUAGCCUCCCUGGAAAACCCAGAGAAUCAGACAACCCUGAAGGAACAGUGAGCCAGAGCCGUGGAGCAGCUCCGCCUGUGUGCAGGCCCCAUGCUCUCUGGUUCUGCACGGUUUCCACUCCCCCACUGCAUUGCAUCCUGCCCACACUCCUCAUUUGUGCCACUUGUUGGUGUCUGUGACCCUCAACAGUUCAGUCAGGGUGCCGUGUAAUUAGGACAGAAAGUGUUGUGGGAUUUCAGAAGGAAUAGAGUGCACUUUGGAGAACACAGUAUAAUGGGAAGAAUAUAAGCUUUAGAGCUAGGCAGAUCUAAGUCCAAAUCCUAACCCUGCCUUCCUCCUGUGGCCUUCUGCCUUGGAGAUGUGCUUUCCCUCCAGCUCCCUUUGCUUAUGAUAAAAUGGAAAAUAUCACCUCCCUUACGGGGUUGUAAUAAGCAUUAGCAAUGAUGUAUGUAUAGUUCCUAACAAGCCUUGUCCCUGGGCAGCAUACACUGGUUGAUCCUGUCCAAAAAGUCUAGCAGGAUGCCUUGGUUUAAGUAUUUGGAAAUUGUCACCAGAAAAAGCCUGGUGUUGGGGGAAGCCAAAUUCCAGGUAGAUUAAAAAGUUAAAUCUAAAGAAGUGUAACUCUUUUUUUUUGUUGUUAACCAAAGGGCAGUUGUAUAUUUAACUUCCCCCAGGUUGAGAAAAGACUUUCUAAGCAUAAAAACCAUGAAGGAGAACCAAAGAAAGGUCAGAGUUGACUCCAAAAGUCUUUGAGCUACUCUAUAUUAAGUAUCAUCAACUCCGUUAAGGGACAAAUACCAAAUGAGAAAAAUAUUUUCAGAAAGUAUGACAAAGGAUAAACAUCUCACUAUCUGUGGUUACAGAUCAAUAAGAGAAAUACUAACAUCCUGUAGAACAAUGGACAAGGAACAUGAACAGAGAGUUGACAACAGAGUAAAUGCAAACAGCAAAUAGUCAUGGGAAGAAAUGUUGAACUGGGUUAAUAAUUAAAGAAUUCUCUGUUUGAAUAAUGAAUUGUCACUUUUCCCCUGAAUUUUUUUUCGUCAUUUUCAGUUGGUAAUGUUUGGUAUUGGUGAUGUGACCAAAAGAUAGGUACUGUAGUAUUUUCCUGAUGGAAUUCUAAAUUGCCACAACCUUCUUAAGCAGUUUGAUGGUAUAAAUCAAACUGGUUUAAAGUUCGUAUUCUUGGAUCCAGUAGUUCCAUUUUUGAGAGCAUAUCCUUAGAAAAAUAAUCAAAAAUGUUUUGCCCAGGAUCUACUUGCAGUAGCCUUUGUUUCUUUCUUGUCUUCUUUUUUUUUUUCCAGCAGUGCUGGUGUAUUAAAAUCUCCGUGUCCAACACUGUGUACCUCAUUACUAUAUUCUUAGCAUUAGCUCAGUGCCUGACAGACACAAGUGGUGAAAAAAUAUUUGUGAGUUUAAAGAAGGAAAGAUAUGUUCAUAUAAAGGAAUAUUCUAUAACCCCAUUUCUGAAAUACUGUACAUUUGAGAUGAAGAAACCUGCUCACUCUCUAAUGUUCCAAGUGUAAAGUGAUUAUGUAGAGAGGAUGUUUCCUGUGCAUGCACGGCGCUGAUCCUGGAUGAUAGGAUUGUAUGUUCUUGGUGCUCUUGGCACUCAGUCAUUCAGCAGCUAUUGGUUGGUGCGUGCGGUAGGUGCAGAGCAUGUUUCAGAGGACGGGACGACGCAGUCCUCUGUUCACGGGGUUUAUCGGGGAGGGAGCAGGAAAGCAGACAUCAAACCAGUCGUUUACAUGUGUCUCCUACUUCAGUGAACGUGUGUUACUUUUGUAGUAGAGAGAAACACCGCUGCUGCGGAUUUUCAAGCAUCAGUUGUUGGUUGAAAUUCCUAAGGCACCUUUUUAGGACAAGAAAGGAGCGAAUAUGUGAAAAAAUCUACAUAUAGCUUAUAAAAUGUGAAAUUACCUUUCCAAUGAAAAGAAACAUAUUUAGGGGGGCAGCUCCGGUGGCGCAGCAGUUUAGCGCCGCCUGCAGCCCAAAGUGUGAUCCUGGAGA